AGAAUUGGGACAGAGAUGGACAGUUCAUCACCCUUCUCACAUCAACACAACUUCCUACAAUUUAUUCCAUCACAGGAAGAAAAAUAAUAAAAAAAAUCUAUAAUUUUAUAUUGAUAGAACUCAUUUGAAAUAAUUUCCUGACUUUCGGUUACAUUUUGGAUUAUAAACCUGGAAAUGGAAGACGAAGUGAAAUGGGCCACAGAGCUCAUCGACCAAAAGCUGGAAGAAGAAAAUGAGAUAAUUAAACCUCGUUUUAGGAAGAUUGGAGUGAUCGACAUAGACUGCGGUGACAUUAAUGGAGAGGACAUCAGACCCCUGAUCAAUCGAAAUCUGGCCAACUUGAAGGGUGAAGAUCGAGUGAGAAAGACAUCUGUCGACCUAAGAAAAGAGAUCAUCGACACCGGCGGAAUCGAGAAUUUCAUUGAAAUACGCAAAAGAAGACAGGAGAGGAAGAAAAAGAAGUCCCUGGUGGUGGCACCAGAAGCGGAGCCUGAAGCGGAGGAGAUUACGGAGCCGAUCCUGCCAGAAACAUUCCUGAAGGCCGCGGUUGAAGGCAAGGUGACCAUCAUUGAGAAGUUCUUGGAGGACGGUGGAUCUCCGGACACUUGCGAUGAGUUCCGGAGGACGGCCCUUCACCGAGCGUCACUGGAGGGCCACAUAGAGAUCAUCAAGAAACUCAUCGACAGCGGAGCGUCCGUCAACUUCAGAGACCGGUUGGAUUCCACGGCUAUUUACUGGGCGUGCCGCGGCGGGAAGCUGGACGUUGUGAAGUUUCUUCAGGACCACGGAGCCGAAAUCAACGUGAAAGACAAGGUCCUGAGCACCCCUCUUCAUGUCGCCACUCGCACCGGACAGGCAGACAUUGUGGAACAUCUCAUUGCCACCGGGGUGGAUAUCAACUCCAAGGACAGAGAGGGGGACACGGCUCUGCAUGACGCUGUCAGACUCAACCGCUACAAAAUUAUAAAGAUGCUGAUAAUCUACGGAGCCAACAUGAAGACAAAGAAUGGAGAGGGGAAAACCCCGACAGAGCUGGUGCAGCAGUGGCAGUCGGAUACCCGGGAAGCGUUGGUGAAGCGGGAAAACCACGGCCUGGAGAAGCAAGUGUAAAAGAAGAAACCCGCUGCGCUAUUCACUGCUGAGACGCAGAAAGAGAGAGGCCACGGGUGUGACGAGGAAAUGCUUCUGGAAAUAUUAUUAUUUUGUAUGAUAUAUAGUAUAUACCUGUACAGCCGAGUCUCUUAUAGAAUAAAAGGAUUGUACAGAAGAUGCUCCUUGAUAAAAAUAAAGAUGAAUUGUGUGGCUUGGA